AUGGCGGACCUAACAACAUACCUGGUGCUCGGCUUGGUCAUCCUCCCGCCCAUACUUCGGCAAGGGCAGCGACUCAUCUUCGCCGCUCGCUCACCUCUUCGCAAUGGGGACGCACAGCAGCUGCAGCAAGGCAGAUUCAUCUCAGCACAGCGUUUGACGCCGUUCGCCUCGCCGUUCUCCGCCACAGUCUCUAUCGCCACGGUAGCACUGGUCUCGGUUAGCAUCCGUAAUCUGAUACCAGCUCGCUAUGGAGUCGACAUCUUCAUACCCGCCUCUGCUGUCCAGGGGCUGCGUCGAUCGAUAGUCAGUCUGUAUACGAUGCCAAGCGUGCUCAGCUCGGAUGUCGACAAAGCACUCAUUCACAUCGAAGCCUUCCGGGGCGGCUAUAGUCCUGACCUCUUCUUGGCAUAUCAGGCGCCUAUCACCAUCCCGACCACUACGCUGCGCAACCUCAUCAGCCACACGCCCUCUUUGCUCCCACUCGGCUACCUCACCGAGGCUAAGCAGGUAGAGCUGCAAGCGCUCAUGGCUCGUCUCUCCAGCUACGAAGGCAGACGCAUGUAUCUGCUCCUGGGUGCCCGGCCGUUGCUCGACUGCACGUUCUGCAAGACAGCCAGCGACUACUUCUGGUACGCUGUUCCGUUCCUCUUCGGCACGUACGCUUGGCGCAUUUUGGCUGUGGGUCUGCUCACGACGCAUCCGGACGACUCGAUAGCUGUUGCGAUACGUCAAGCAGCUCGACUCUUCAGCUUCUCAUCUCACAGUGCGACGCAUGCUCCAAACUCAAAUGGACAUGCACGCGCAUAUGAAGCCGAUCGAAGCGGCAGGCGCGCGUUCUCUCUCACAGUGCUGCUCGGACUGCUCGCAAUCGAGCUGAUCAUCAUGUUUGAGUUCGGCCAAGUCUCCACUCAAGCUUCGCGAUUCAACCACUGGCACACCAAUCUGCACAUCCUUCGCCAGCUGGUCUUUCUGUCCCUCGUGGUGGUCAUCUACCUGUUCCCUGCGCCCCGCGUCGCGGAUGGCUUUCAGCAAAGCAUGCUACAUCUCGACGGCACCCAACAAAGCCUGCAGAACAUCAUGCACGUCUCCGAGCUGAACGACGUCGCUCGCGGUGUGAUUCUGCAAGAUGAGCACCUGCUCGACCUCGCGAGGCAGUCCAACAGCAGCACGCACCGAGACGCACGGCAUGAGAUAGAUCCGCAAAAAGCCGACAGAAUCAUUGACGCAGCGAGAUCGCACGGAGGUCAGCCAGCACAAGAAGCGAUCGCACAAGCUCAAGCAGGUAUUAGCACGGUGACGCGGCAAUGGUGGCGAAACGCUGAGCUAAUCAACCAACCCAAGGACAGCUCGGCGUGA